AGACACUGAUCAAACAGUUUUAUCUACUUUGCAUAAAGCCCAAAUGCGCUGUUCGAGUUCCUCUCGGGUCCAUCGACAGCUCCGUCAGUUGGGGCUUCAAGUUUGGAAUUGCCAAGUGAAACUUCUAGAUUUAUAAUGACUCAAUUUUGUUCUCUUUACUGCAAGAGCGCUUUGCAGCGGACACUAAUAUCGAAUUCUUUGCAGAUGCCCAAUGAUGAGCCCCUCGAGCUGGAAGCACUGGCCAGCACCCUACAAGCCAGGCGUGCCAGUCAGGUCCAGGAGACGGACACGGGCACGGAGACGGAGACGAUUCCGCUGCAGCGCUCCCGGGCCGUGCCGAUCCCCAUCCGGGGCAGAGCUGGCGCGCCACCCGCGGAGCUCAUUGCCGAGCAGAGGCCCAUUGGGGGCGAUCUCAUUGGGGGCAAGCUUGUGGCGGAGCCGGAGGAUAGCGUUGGACUGUCGCAGGUUACCUCGCCCGAGAGGGAUGAGCUGGACCUGUCGCUGGAAAUGGAUUUGGACAUGGAACUGGAUCUGGAACUGGAGCCGGAGCUAAUGGCCCUCGCCGAGAACUUGGACCCGUUGAGCCAGCCCGACAGCUUCUCGCCAUUCUCCUCGUCUGACGUUUCCAGUCACUGGUCCUCGUCCACCGUGUCGCCCGUGCCCGUGCACGUGCCCGUGAAGUGCACCGCCUCGCCGCCGAAGCUCAAGGUCAAGCCCGUGGCAUUGGGCACGGGAUCCGGCAAGGGAUCGGCACGGGCACGGGCUACGACAUGCCCUUCCCCUACCCCGCCAAGAUUGCACUGUGUCCCCAGCAACCCUGGUGGACAGCAUGAACCUGCAGCUGGAGAAGAAGCGCAGGAAGACGCCGGAACCGCUGAAAAAUGCCGGCAAGAAGAGCGCCACGGGAGCCGUGCCCAAGGCCAAAAACAGGAACAAGGAGAAGGAGAAUCUGAAUCUAAAUCUAAAUCAAAAAAAAAGACCAAGCCAAUGCAAAGCGCCGAGAAAACAGCCAAAACUAAUCCCAGCAGCCAGGCAAAGCCCAAAAAAUAUUACAUUAUGAACAUUCAGGCAAAGCCCAUCAAUCUGUCAUCGAAAACGAAUCAGCAGUUCAUGAAGGAAAAAAUGUCGAAGCAACAGAACGUAAAGCGCCGACAGGACCAGGACCUCGAGCCGUUCAUCGACCUGGAUACGGACUGUGAGCUGGGCAUGGAGCAUCUCGAGCAGUACUGGGCCAAGGCCUCGCGUCGUGACUCGCAGGGCAAUCGCAACGAUCGCAACCCUUCGGAGAAGCGCUCCUCGGAGACAGACACCACGGACACCACGGACACCGUGGACCCUGCAGACACCACGGACACCGCGGACACCAGAGAUACCACGGACAGCAGCAGCAACUCUGACGAGGCCACGCUCGAGGAGAAAUCUUCAUCGGAAACGCUCGUCCUGAAGACAAAGCGCUUCAAUUGCACGCUUGGCUCGGACAAUACUCGCACAGAGAAACGCAGCACAGAUGGCGGCAAUCAGGACAGCAAAAUUUCAAGCUCUAAUGGCGGCAAAAAUGCAACUGGAGCAGCCACUCGCGAAGGCUACGGCUGCUUGAGCGGGGCUAUGCCGUACGAUUUGAGCGUCAAUCGCAACCGUUCCACGGCCAUCUAUGCAGCCCUGAACAUGACGCCACCAUCUUCGGAUGACUCGAACCAGGCACCAUCAUCCGAUCCUUCGCCGGCCUUGGCCACAGGCUCUCCGCUGGACAGCAGCUUGGGGCUGCCACGCCAUUCCUUUGUGGGCUGUAAGUGGCCUGCUACAUAGUCUGCGAUCAGUUGC